AUGAGCAUGAUCGGUCGUCCUCGACGCCGAAUGGAACAUCCAAGCCGGGAUCUGCCCAAGACAAGGACAAACCUCGCCUUACCGAUCAAGAAAAAAAAGAGCAAUCACAUUGCCUCGGAGCAAAAGCGACGCGCGGCCAUUCGCGAAGGCUUCGAUCGCCUGACAGAACUGGUACCUGGUCUGGAGGGCCAGGGCCGGAGUGAGAGCAUCGUUCUGCAGAAGACCGUGGACUUCAUCCACGUGAAACUGCAAGAACGCCACGAUCUUAUCGCCGAAAUCGAGAGCAAAGGCGGCCGCGUGGACGAUUCUUUCCGCCCAACGUGA